GUGGAGGGCGGCGGCAGCGACGGCGAGGCGGACGGCGGUGGCGGCGACGGCGAGGCGGACGGCGGCGGCGGCGACGGCGAGGCGGAGGGAGGCGGCGGUGACGGUGAGGUGGACGGCGGCGGCGGCGAGGGCGAGGCGGAGGGAGGUGGUGGUGACGGUGAGGUGGACGGCGGCGGCGGAGACGGUGAGGCGGAGGGAGGCGGCGGCGAGGGCGAGGCGGACGGCGGCGGCGGCGACGGCGAUGCCGAGGGAGGCGGCGGCGAGGGCGACACGGACGGAGGCGGCGGCGAUGGCGAGGUGGAGGGAGGCGGUGGCGACGGCGAGGCGGACGGCGGUGGCGGCGACGGCGAUGCUGAGGGCGGCGGCGGCGACGGCGAGGCCGAGGGAGGCGGCGGCGAUGGCGAGGUGGAGGGAGGCGGUGGCGAGGGCGAGGCGGACGGCGGUGGCGGCGACGGCGAUGCCGAGGGAGGCGGUGGCGACGGCGAGGCGGACGGAGGUGGCGGCGACGGUGAGGCGGAGGGAGGCGGCGGCGAGGGCGAGGCGGAGGGAGGCGGCGGCGAGGGCGAGGUGGAGGGAGGCGGCGGCGAUGGUGAGGCGGAAGGAGGCGGCGGCGAGGGCGAGGCGGAGGGCGGCGGCGGCGAGGUCGACGCGGACGGAGGUGGUGGCGACGGCGAUGCCGAGGGAGGCGGCGGCGAGGGCGACACGGACGGAGGCGGUGGCGAUGGCGAGGUCGACGGAGGCGGUGGCGAGGGCGAGGUGGACGGCGGUGGUGGCGACGGCGAUGCCGAGGGCGGCGGGGGCGACGGCGAUGCCGAGGGAGGCGGUGGCGACGGCGAGGCGGACGGAGGCGGCGGCGACGGCGAGGCGGACGGCG